AUGAAUCAUUGCUCUCCAGAGGAACAGCUUGAGGAUGAACUGAUGUCAAUCAAAGGAUGUGACACUGCUUUGAGGAUAAUUGCAGAUGUUGAAGGGACCCUCAUUAAGGACGUUCAAAAUGUGCCAGCCGAAGAAAUAAUUUGUGUGAUUAAUGACACUGGGAUAAUCAACAAUUGGACAAGUAACAGCACUGAAACGCAAAGGAACCAGAGUUUACCAGAAAUAGUCGAUACAUGUACAGAUGGAGAUGCGACGUGGGAGGACAAAUCAAAGACAACAGCAGUCAAACUGCAGGAGGAGAUUAAGAAGCCACUACUGAAUCAAGCAGUACAGGCUAUGUUCUAUCGAGCAGUGGGAUUUUCAAAACUCAGGAAAGGCAUUGAUGCCUCACAAUGCAAACUGGAAAAUGCAAGGUCUCGUAACAGUAUCUGUCAUCUCAAAGCAAGAGGUGAUGUGAGCCCCAGGCCUAACAAACCCAAGAAGGUGGAUGACUACAAAAAUUUCAGGCCCAUCUUCUAUGUCUCAGGGACAAAUGGAACUGACCUAGUUAUCAGCUUUUGUGAGAACAGGGGUUGGAAGCGAAUGUAUGACAAUGACAGAGCUGACUACUUAUUAAAAUGGUGUGAAAUUAAUACACCGAACAACUUUCAAUGCUUUCAAGAAGGUAAACAGCUAUUAAACCAAAUCCCGAAUGAUAAACUCCUGACCACAAAGGUUGGCCUUUGUACUUCCCUGAAGACUUAUGAUCAAUUAGCAACUAAACGUACAAAAAUUAUUUAUCCCAGAGUUUUGAAAAUGGAGGAGUUUUAUCCUGAAACAUAUCGCAUGGAUGUGAAAAGUGAACGCCUAGCAUUCUUUCAAAUUAUGGAAGAUGUACCAAUUUGGAUUUCAAAACCUGCUGGAUCAAACUUGGGCAAAGGAAUAUUUCUCCUAAAAUGCCAGGAAGACUUCCUGGACUUCCGUGCAAAACUAGAAAGCAUAGAGAAGAAUACUUCAAGUAAAAUGUAUUAUUAUGGUUUACCCAGCAACAGAAUAGUGCAACGGUACCUACACAAACCUCUGCUUCUGGAAGGUCGAAAGUUUGAUGUCCGCUCCUACUUCCUGAUUGCCAGCACCUCACCUCAUAUGAUCUUCUUUCGCCAUGGUUACGUCAAAUUGGCAUGCAACAAAUAUGAUCCAUAUUCGGAUGACCUGACUAGUCAUCUGACAAACCAGUUUGUACAGAAAAAGAACCCACUUUACAGUGAGAUGAAGGAGGAUACAGUCUGGUCCAUGGAGCACUUGAAUGAUUAUAUUAAUAAGCAUUAUAUGGAAGAAAUGGAUCUACCAAAGGACUGGGUCUUCACUGUUUUUGAGAAGAGAAUGCAGAAAAUCAUGAUUCAAUGUUUCUUCGCCGUCAAGGGAAAACUAGAAUGUAAACUGGGCUACUUCAACCUCCUGGGCUGCGAUUUUAUAGUCGAUCAAAACUUCAAGAUUUGGUUACUGGAGAUGAAUGCCAAUCCGUCUUUACAGAGACACUGUGAGGUUCUCAAAACAGUCAUCCCUAAAUUAGUGUACGAAGCUCUUGAUGUGGUACUUGAGAUAUUCAAAAAAUGCAGUAAAGGAUUACAUGUCUUGCCACUUCAGUCACAAAAAGAGUUUGUUCUGAUAUACAAUGGGGAUCAUCAGGAAAAGCUUACUAGGUCUCUGCCUAGGACAGAAAGCAAUGUGUCACCAACAAUUCUUAAGCAACCUUGUCGAGUGGCUGUGGGUUCUGUAAAAUGCACUGAGAAAAGUCCAAUGCAAAAGUCUAUGACUUCUUCAAAUCCUGCAGUUGCUUCAGCAAAAAUUCUUCAGAACAAACUUUCCUUUGUACCUUACACAAAGCUGCCAGCCAUCUCACUAACAAUGAAACAGAAUACAUCGAAGACUAACUUUCCAGCAAAUUUCCAACUGGCUGCAGCCUCCCCUGGUGAAAACAGCGAACUAAAAUCCGACAGACAUGUAAGUGCUUUCAAAAAAAUACCAAUGACCACACAGUUAAAACCUUUAGUCACCAGGAACCCACAUUCUAGUUCCCACCCUCGGCAAAGUUUGGUGAGCAAUUCCUUGUUGGUCAGCGGUACCUUUCACCCAAAGUACAUCAACACGAUGGUUGCAAAAUCAUCGGAGAUGAAGAUGAGCUCCAAAGAGAACAAGACACCAUCCGGUGAUGCGGCCUAGACAGCUAUGAUAAGAAUGGAAAAUCACAAGGAUUACACAUCCAUUUGGUGCUAACUUAGUUUCUGCUUAGCCAGGGUUGUUUCUUUAAAUUCCAACCACCUUCUUAAAGAACAGUUGAUUACAUCUUUAUCA